CGACGACGGCGGCGACGGCGACAGCGUCUCCGUACGGAGUCCUGGGCACGUACAGUCUGAGCAGUUGGUCGGCGGAGCUGUAGAGUGGACGCCGCCUGGAACCAGAGGGGCCGGCGCGGGCAGGACUGGCCCGGACAGACCAUGGACGGCUCCUUCAUCCAGCACAGUGUGAGGGUCCUGCAGGAGCUCAACAAGCAGCGGGAGAAGGGCCAGUACUGCGACGCCACGCUGGACGUGGGAGGCCUGGUGUUCAAGGCGCACUGGAGUGUCCUUGCCUGCUGCAGCCACUUCUUCCAGAGCCUCUACGGCGAUGGCUCGGGCGGCAGCGUGGUCCUCCCCGCUGGCUUCGCCGAGAUCUUUGGCCUCUUGUUGGACUUUUUCUACACCGGUCACCUCGCCCUCACGUCGGGGAACAGGGAUCAGGUGCUCCUGGCAGCCAGGGAGCUGCGAGUCCCGGAGGCCGUUGAGCUGUGCCAGAGCUUCAAACCCAAAGCCUCAGUGGGACAGGCACCUGGUGGCCAGAGUGUGCCAGCGAAGCCUGUCCCCCGGGACGUGAACAGCCACCUCAAGGAGCUGGCAGGCCUGGAGGGCGAGGAAGGUUCAAGGACUGCGGCUCAAGUGCCCAGAGGCCCGGAGCUCGGUGGCAGUCACAGCCCGCAGAGGGUCCAGCUUGGCCUCCCCGCUCAGGUGGAGAGCCCCUCCUUCCUGCGCGGGAAACUCAAGCAGGCCCUGAAGCUCUGUGCCCCAGAGGACAAGGAGCCUGAGGAUUGCAAAGUGCCCCCAAGGCCCUUUGAGGCGGAAGGUGCCCAGCUGCAGGGCAGGAGUAACGAGUGGGAAGUGGUGGUUCAAGUCGAGGACGACAGGGACGGCGACUGUGUCUCUGAGACGGAGGCGCCGCCGGCCCGGAGGAGAUCCAACGCGCUCAGAAAGCCCUGUGCCGCCGACCCCGCUCUGGGCACGGCGGCCGCAGCGGCCGAGCCCCCUGAGAGCAGGAAAGGCCCAGCGGCGCCCGUCGAGUGCCCCACGUGCCAUAAGAAGUUCCUCAGCAAAUAUUACCUGAAAGUCCACAACAGGAAGCACACCGGCGAGAAGCCCUUCGAGUGCCCCAAAUGUGGGAAGUGCUACUUUCGGAAGGAGAACCUCCUGGAGCACGAAGCCCGGAACUGUAUGAACCGCUCAGAGCAGGUCUUCACGUGCUCCGUGUGCCAGGAGGCCUUCCGCCGGAGGACGGAGCUGCGGGUGCACAUGGUGUCCCACACGGGGGAGAUGCCCUACAAGUGCUCCUCCUGCUCCCAGCAGUUCAUGCAGAAGAAGGACUUGCAGAGUCACAUGAUCAAGCUGCACGGAGCCCCCAAGCCCCACGCUUGUCCCACCUGCGCCAAGUGCUUCCUGUCCCGAACGGAGCUGCAGCUGCACGAGGCGUUCAAGCACCGCGGGGAGAAGCUGUUCGUGUGCGAGGAGUGCGGGCACCGGGCCUCGAGCCGCAAUGGCCUGCAAAUGCACAUCAAAGCCAAGCACAGGAACGAGAGGCCUUUCGUCUGCGAGUUCUGCAGCCACGCCUUCACGCAGAAGGCCAACCUCAACAUGCACCUGCGCACGCACACGGGCGAGAAGCCUUUCCAGUGCCACCUCUGCGGCAAGACCUUUCGCACCCAAGCCAGCCUGGACAAGCACAACCGCACGCACACGGGCGAGAGGCCCUUCAGCUGCGAGUUCUGCGAGCAGCGCUUCACCGAGAAGGGGCCGCUGCUGAGGCACGUGGCCAGCCGCCACCAGGAGGGCCGGCCCCACUUCUGCCAGAUCUGCGGGAAGACCUUCAAAGCGGUGGAGCAGCUGCGCGUACACGUCAGGAGGCACAAGGGCGUGAGGAAGUUCGAGUGCACGGAGUGUGGCUACAAGUUCACCCGGCAGGCGCACCUGCGGAGGCACAUGGAGAUCCACGACCGCGUGGAGAACUACAACCCCCGGCAGCGAAAGCUCCGCAACCUGGUCAUCGAGGACGAGAAGAUGGUGGUGGUGGCGCUCCAGCCGCCCGCCGAGCUGGAGGUGGGCUCUGCCGAGGUCAUCGUGGAGUCCCUGGCCCAGGGCGGCCUGGCGCCCCAGCUGCCGGCCCAGAGACUGUGCGCGGAGGAGGGCUUCGCGGGCCCGGGCGUCGUGGAGCCCUCGCUGCUCAUCGAGGCCGCCAUCCCCGAAGACUGCGACACGUAGCCCCCCCCGACCCACCGCACCCGCGUGGCUCCGGCCCCCAAUAAACCACGUGGCUUUGGACUGGA